CCACCUCGGCCCUCUGCAGGUGUAAGUGUCAAGUGUCGAGGCAGCGCACUUGGAGCGAGAAUCAGGAGGAGGAGGCGACAGCAAGGAUAGGCCCAGGAAAACGAAGAAAUGGAGCAGCCCAUGCAGAAUGGAGAGGAAGACCGCCCUCUGGGAGGGGGCGAAGGUCACCAGCCAGCAGGAAAUAAUAGAAGGGGACAGGCUCGCCGACUUGCCCCUAAUCUCCGAUGGGCCAUACCCAAUAGGCAGGUCAAUGAUGGGAUGGGUGGAGAUGGAGAUGAUAUGGAAAUGUUCAUGGAGGAGAUGAGAGAAAUCAGGAGAAAACUUAGGGAGCUGCAGUUGAGGAAUUGUCUGCGUAUCCUCAUGGGGGAGCUCUCUAAUCACCAUGACCAUCAUGAUGAAUUUUGCCUUAUGCCUUGACUCCUGCCAUUUUCCAUGAGAUUAAUACUGUGAUUCCCACUGUUGUUUUCUUUUUCCUUGCAUUUUCCUGUUAUGCCUUUACUGAUCCGUUUGCUGUGAACCUUAUGUGAUUUCCAUGUGUCAGAUGGGUUCUGUGUUACUAGUUUCUAAUUGGAGAUUGCCUUGGCACCCAGUCUAAGUUUCUGUCUACAGUCAAGUUUCACCCAUUUGCAUGGAAAAAUGUAAAGUUAAUAAAGCAAUUAAAAAGCA